AUGGCCACACAAACCGCUACAGUUGUCGUUCAAACAGAAUCAUGCGUCUUAACAAAUGUGGGUCGAAGACGCAACAAGUCUGUCAGAUUUAGUCGGUUUGAAAAAGUUUAUUAUACUCAUUCACCUAUCGAUUAUGAUCGUACUUCCAUUCUCGCCGAAUUAGCUCAACAAAGAAAUAAUGAACAGUGUCAUCAAAUUGCUCAUUCAGAUCAGGCUCAUAUUAUCUUUUCUCAACAUCCUAUUUUGA